ACAUAGCUGACAACUCCCCUACUUUUUUUCAUCACCUCAGUUUAUCCUUGCUGAACUGAGGUGAUGAUGUCUUUUUACUACUAGAAUUUGUUCUUGCUUUUCUUUUUUUCCCUCAGCGAUGAAGAUAUAAUCGAGAAUUUCGGGCUAUGGAGAACAAAGAGUCACCACAGCCCAGAGAGAAUAAGAACAUCUAACGAAAGAUUAGGCGUCCUCAGGAAGAUCGAUCGGAUGCCUUUUUUGUUCUCACUUUCAACUACUAGUAGUUGUAGUUUGUUGAUCACUUCAGCGUGAGAUUUAGAAUUUCAACAGCAUGGCUUUUUCUGCAAUGCAACCCUAUGCGAAUUUCGCGCUUUCUAAUCACCUCCAACCAAAACCCUUGCUUCCAAAACCUCAACAACUCCCACCAUUUCCCCUGAAUUUCGCCAAUAAACCAAACAAAAGUGGACUUCUAGUCGUAAAAUGUCUGAACAAAUCGUCGUCUCUUCAAGGUUUUAACUUCUUCGACGAAUCGAAAGAUAGGAAACCACGAGAGUCGUUAGUCCCAUGCAAAGCUUACGAAGCCCAUCGGUUUCAGCCGAUACGGAUCAACAUAGAAUUCGACGAAGAAGCAAGGGAAGUUGCAGCCCGAAAGCUGAAGAUUGGGCUCUACUUUGCUUCAUGGUGGGCCUUGAGUGUGGUAUUCAAUAUAUACAACAAGAAGGUCCUCAAUGCGUUUCCAUACCCAUGGCUCACUUCAACUCUGUGUUUGGCAACUGGGUCUCUCAUGAUGUUGGUUUCUUGGGCUACAAAGAUCACCGAAGCACCAAAGACCGAUCUCAACUUCUGGAAAGCUUUGUUUCCGGUGGCUGUGGCACAUACAAUUGGGCAUGUGGCAGCAACAGUGAGCAUGUCAAAGGGUGCAGUUUCAUUCACCCACGUCAUCAAGAGUGGUGAACCUGCUUUUAGCGUUCUGGCUUCCAGAUUUUUCCUGGGUGAGGCUUUUCCAUGGGCAGUGUACCUCUCUCUCCUCCCGAUUAUCGGGGGUUGUGCACUCGCUGCGGCCACCGAGCUUGAUUUCGAUUUGACCGGGUUCAUGGAGGCUAUGACAUCGAACUUGGCAAUCGUUUUUCGAAACGUAUUUUCAAAGAGAGGGAUGAUGUCCGUCGGAGGAAUUAACUACUAUGCUUGCCUUUCUAUGAUGUCUCUUUUCAUUCUCACCCCUUUCGCAAUUGCAAUGGAGGGUCCCCAGAUAUGGGCUGCUGGCUGGGACAAAGCAGUUUCUCAAAUUGGACCUAAUUUCAUAUGGUGGGUGGCGGCACAGACGGUAUUCUAUCACUUGUACAAUCAAGUCGCGUACAUGUCCCUAAAUGAGACGUCACCCUUGACGUUUAGCAUUGGGAGGGUUAUAAUGCGGAGAAUUUCUGUUAUAGUUGCUUCCGUUGUUAUUUUCCAAAUGCGGGUACAACCGGUCAAUGCCCUCGGAGCUGCCAUUGCUAUUUUUGGAACUUUUCUCUACUCCCAGGCAAAGAAGUGAAACGACUUGCCAGGGCAAAAGAAUGCGUAAAUAGGUCUAACACAGUGUUGAGAUGUGUGAAGGAUUUUAAUCCUACAUUGGAUAAAUAAAAAAAUUGCUUGUGGACCUUAAUAUAUAAUUAGGUGACUCACCACUUAUAAGGUUUAAACUUUUAAAUGGACUAUCUUGUGCCCACUGAUGUGGUGUGGUCUAUAUGGAUACUCCCCAAUGAAUUGUACGUACGCACACAUGGGUAGAACCUGUAUGGAUUGGACUCCCAACAUUUGCUAUCAGUUCCGAUCGUUGAAUAUCUUUGGGUGAACUCUCGUGAAGCAUUUGUGGUCAUGGGUUAGCACGGAGACUGCGAAAGAGCAAGAAGAAUCUGUAGCGACUCUUGAUGGAGUAGAAAAAUUCCUGGUGCACACGGCAGGUGGCUAGCGGAAAGGUGGAUCUCGUGAAGUAUGGUGACUCAUGAUAGAAUGAGUGCGGUGAAUAAGCCCGGUCAUGUAUCAAGGGGAAGUCAAGCGAGUCAGAUUGAGGGGGAGAUUGUUGAAACAUAAUAUGUGUGAAGAAUUUUAGUCCCACAUCGGAUAAAUAAAAAAAAAGUUAGAUUAACUUAAAUAAUAUACAAUCGGGUGGCUCAAUACUUACAAGGUUUUAAGCUUUUAAGUAGACUUGGGUCAUUCAAUAUAUAUUGCGCUCAGUGAUGUGGUAUGGACUAUGUAGAUACUUCUCAACAUAUGAGGCCUACACGCACAUUGGGGAGAACCUUUGUGGAUUGAGCUCCUAACA